GUUGGUUCUCACGAACAUCAAGGGCAGCAGUCACUGUGAACUUGUGAAACAGUAACCUUCCCCUCUUCGAGAUAUCCCCUCCUUUACUCUCUCCCGCUGUCCUCAUCAUACUCACUGAGGCUUUCGUCCAGCACCUCAGUGCUUUUCUUUUGCAUCUCCGUGCUGCAGCGUCGCUAAAGUACAUUCCGCAACAGGACAACCGCGGAACUGUUGUCGGGACUCCGAGGACAUUCUCCACAUAUCAUGGCGGGUCUCUUGAACUUGACAAACUUCAAUACUGUGAGCGCGUGGAGCUCAACAUCAACCGUGGAGAAGGCUCGCAGUGACCUUGAUGAGAAGUUGGCUAUCCUUCGUCGCGCAGAGCGUGAAAUCCUGAGUUGUCGAAAUUCCCUCUCAAGAAUAUGUUCACUCCCUCCAGAGAUCCUAUCCUUUAUCUUCCUUCACAUAGUGAAUGACCCCACUGGGAACACUUUAUGCGGCUGCUGCCACACCACCAAUUGGCUCAAUUUCAGCCACGUUUGCCGGCACUGGCGUGAUGUGUCCCUCUCAUGCCCUGGUCUUUGGACCAAGCUUACCACCCGGUCGCUCCCCUUCACAGAGGAGAUGAUAAAGAGAUCCAAGCGCGCUCCGUUAUACGUGUUUGCAAACCUCAUCUAUCAGUCAACGGCUACCGCAGCACACGAACGGGCUCUUGACGAGGUCUCGCGCAUACGUGAGCUUGACAUUAGCCUCUCGAUGCACACCACCAAUCGUGUCUUUGGGAAGCUUUCCCAUCCUGCGCCCUUGCUAAGGUCUCUUAUUAUCUCCAACACCACCCUACCUUACGGCCUAGCCCCAAACGAACCGCGCACCCUUGUACCCAACAACUUUCUGGGUGAGAGCACACCUUCAUUGCGCAAGCUGAGGCUUCGUCACUGCGAUCUUCCUUGGGACCUUCCCAUUCUCAAGGAUCUGACGGAACUCGAUAUUGAGCACGUCUCCCCUGGUGCACGGCCUACUAAUCGUCAAAUCUUGAACGUCCUUCGGAACAUGCCGGCACUACGGAGGCUCGCUCUCGCAGAUGCCUUGCCGACGUCUGCGAGUGUCCCAGGCGAAGAAAUUGUACACCUCUCGGGUCUUCAGCAGCUUCGCGUGUCGGGUCCACCCUCUGAAUGCUCCCAAUUUUUAUCCCACCUUGAAUUUCCACAGACAACCGAAAUCAAGCUCUAUUGCAACGCAGGCAAUGACAGUUUUGCACCAAUCGUUCCUUUCUUGACGCAAAAAUGCUUUGCUCAAGUCAAUGUGGAGGAGCCCCAAGAGACACUUCAUAUAUCGGGAUUCAGCAGACCCUACAUCGAUUUGCAGAUUAGGCUUUGUUCCCUCGACUCCAGUCUGGAUUACGACCCAUUUUUGUUCGAGGGCUGCCGCGUUUUUAUCGAGCUCAGACGAUCCCAUAACUCGGAGGCGACGCAUGCUACUAUCCUCCGAGACAUCUUUGCCCAGGCCACCCUCAACAAUGUCCGUACUAUCCAGGUCAGGGAAUUCUCGGGAGUCUCGGAGGAAAUGUGGCGUGCCUUGCUCACCAGUGCACCAAGCACCAAAACCUUGGACGUUGCCUGCGUCGAUGUAUUAGCGGUAAGCGACUUGGUCUCCGUGCUGGAUACCCGAGAUACGCCAGAACCCGCGUUUAAGAAUGUCAUGCUUCCUGGUCUUGAAGAGCUCGUGCUGAGGAACGUCGAAUUCGAGGAUGAAGAACAAGAACCUUCCUUCAUGUAUCCUUCGGUUGAGCUUGAAGAUUUCCACGAGUUCCUUGUCGCGCGUGUCAACUCCAAUGCGGGACUAGGCAAGCUGGUCCUCCGGGAGUGUUUCAACUUCAACGAUGAGCAUCAGUCCUAUCUUGAAGAGGUUGUGCCGUAUGUCGACUGGGACUGGAUAGAGAGGGAUACAAAUACUGAGAUUGCAGAUGAAAAUGAGGACGAGGACGAUUAUUACGACGAUGGCUACGAUUUCAACGUUCAUCCUUUCUUCAGCGAUUAUUUCGGUAUGCCAAUGGGCAUGGACAUAUUCGACGAUGAUUAAACCAAGGCUGUCUUAACUUUCAGCAUGAUUUACUGCUUGUCUUUAAGUCUAGCAUAUCCAAGGUUUUGUUCUUGUUGAUGUUCCUCGUACUUUAUCACCGUUUUAUUGAUAAUAUUAUCACU